CAAUGGAUCCGUGAUCCAGAUACAGGUCCGCUGCCAGACGUCACCGCCUUACAUCCAUCUUCACAUCUCCAGCUUCGAGACGCGCUUCCAAGGGCUGCAUCCCGACAUACUCUCAAAGGUCGUAUGCGACAUCUCUGAGCCUUGAACGGAAAUACAGCUGCCCAUAAUGUCAUACGACAAUGUCGGUCUCUCUACGCCGCGAGGCAGUGGCACUUCAGGCUACGUCCAGCGCAGCCUGGCGCACAUGAAGCCUCGCGACCGCGGAGCUCCAUAUCCGCCGCCACGCGACCUGGACAGCUUCAGGCACCGACAGCGACAACCCGACAAGGAUAUUCUCGAGCACGACCGCAAGCGCGAGGUCGAGGUCAAGGUUUUUGAGCUGCGCGACAAGCUGGAAGAUGAAGGGAUUGACGAAGACGAGAUCGACAAGCAAUGCGACGCUCUGCGCAAGGAGCUCCUCGAGAAGAUGAACAGACCCCAACCUCAGCACAACAACAACAAUAACAGCUUAAACAACAGGAAUCGACGUGGCCCGCAAGGACAGCAGGGAGCCCACUCAGCAGAUGCCGCAAGGUCGCGGAAUCUGAAGAUGCACCAGGUCCAUGAGCUUGCAGACGCCAAGAUCAAGCAGGACGCGCGCUUCCGCAACGCGCUGAAGAUCAGCAAGGACUACCAAGAGGGCGGUCACUGGAAGAGGCAGGAAGAGCGACUGCGCAAGGCGCAAGACCCCAGACCAGACGAGCAAGAGCAAGAGAGGCUCACUCGGCCACCGCCCAGCGCGGCGGACACUGCUGGAGCAGACAGGGAUUCUGGCCGACCAGCGCCGAGGGACUACUCGCGGUCGCCCUCGCGUUCGUUAUCUAGAUCGCUGUCCAGAUCGAGGUCGCCGACACGGUCGCGGUCGAGGUCUCCGUCCAGGUCGCGAUCACCUCCACCAAGGGCAGAUCGCAGGAGGCGCUACUCGGAUAACCCAGGCUCCGAAGACGGCGAGGCCAAUGACGACCGAUACGAUGACCGGCGCUCGCGGAGCCCUGGACGAGGAGCUAGGCGGUAAAAGAGAGCUGCAAGCAGAAACAAUCCUCAGCGUCUUCCGCGCGGCGUGCAACGAACAUGUGCAGCUUUUGUUUACGGCGGCAGUUAUGGAGUUGCGGGCGUCAUUGUCUUGUGCACUGCAUCUUGAUCCCAGAAAUCUACAAUUAUUGCAU